CCAUGUAUUGGUUGCUUAUAUUUACUAUAACAUUUAAUUUUUGCCCAUGAACAAAAUGUCCCCCCAGCUGUCACUUUAACUUCUUUUCUAUUGCUCCAAGGGAGCAACACACUUAGCCUCAUUUCUAAACUUGCUAAUUCAUUUAUUAGUUUUAUUAAAAAUACAAACAGCAUUCUAGUGAUAAACAAGUGCUUGACACAUAAUUAUCUUCUAAUUUCCUCACUCACUUUAUAAAAUCACUCAUCUCUCAAUAAAUUCCGCCAUUUUGAGGUUAUGUUAACUAGUUCAAUUUAAUAAAUUAAAUAUAUUUUAAAAUGUCUGGAUUAGGAAUGUGUGAAACUCCUGGUUGCAAAUCUAUAGCAAAAUUGCAAUGCCCGACUUGUAUUAAAAUAGGAAUUCCUGGUUCGUUCUUUUGUUCACAAGAAUGCUUUAAGGGCAGUUGGAAGAAUCAUAAAAUCAUUCAUAAUAUUGCACAGGGUGAAGGUAACGAGCCAUCUAAAAACUCAGUCUACAAACCCUGGCCUUCUUAUAAAUUCACAGGAGCACUCCGUCCCUUCCCUCAGUCCCAAAAACGAACAGUCCCUCCUCACAUUGGUAGACCAGAUUAUGCAGAUCACCCCCAAGGGUAUCCUUUAUCAGAACUAGCUGUUAAAGGAACUUCUAACAUAAAAGUGUUAGAUGAUGAAGAAAUCGAAGGAAUGAGAGUAGCCUGCAAGUUGGGCAGAGAAGUAUUAGAUGAAGCUGCAAGAGUUUGCGACGUCGGAGUAACUACUGAUGAAAUUGACCGCAUUGUUCACGAAGCUUGUAUUGAAAGAAACUGCUACCCCAGUCCAUUAAAUUAUUACGAGUUUCCUGCUUCUUGUUGCACAUCGGUUAAUGAAGUUAUAUGUCACGGUAUCCCAGACACAAGACCUUUGGAAGAUGGUGAUUUGUGCAAUGUAGAUAUCACGGUUUAUCAUAAUGGUUUUCAUGGGGAUUUGAAUGAAACCUUCUUUGUUGGGAAUGUUUUGGAGAAACAUAAGAAACUUGUUCAAGUUACGUAUGAAUGUUUGAGCAAGGCUAUAGAUAUUGUUAAACCUGGUGAGAAGUACAGGGAAAUUGGAAAUGUUAUUCAGAAACAUGCACAAGCUCAUGGGUUUAGUGUUGUUAGGAGCUAUUGUGGACACGGAAUACACAGGCUGUUCCAUACUGCUCCUAAUGUUCCUCAUUAUGCAAAAAAUAAAGCAAUCGGUGUGAUGAAGCCCGGCCACUGUUUCACAAUAGAGCCAAUGAUCUCCGAAGGAACCUGGAAAGACGACCAGUGGCCUGAUAACUGGACAGCAGUCACCUGCGACGGAUUGUGGUCUGCACAAUUCGAACAAACUUUGUUAGUGAAUGAAACUGGCUGUGAAAUUCUAACUCGUAGAAGGAAUAAAACAGGCUUACCUCAUUUCAUGGAUAAAAUGUAGAUUCAGUCCAAUCCAAUUUUGUGUUCAAGUUUGUUGAUUUACUUAAAAAUAUGCUUAUUCACCUUACCUCAUGCUUAUUUUGUUACCAGUGAUUUUUCUUAAAAAAUGU